AUGAGCCCGCGAUCUCACCGCAUUCUUCUGACGUGUCCAUUUUCCAAGAUGGCGGACAGACAGAAGACACAGAACUUUGAUUCAGGUCAAAAACCUGCUCCUUUACACGGAAUUUCCUUGGCAGAUUUUGGAGGAAAUUUAAAUUUUGGACCAACUCUCGUGCCAGCAUCCCAAACUCCACCAGUUUCCUCGAUAUUACAACCCACUGCAACCACGUCCUCGAGUAGAGGUAUGAACCAACUUUCAACAGUGUUUUCACCAUAGAGCUUAGAAAUGCCUCACGUGACGCUCCUCUUUAGUCAUUUACGGUGUAGUCAAAGAUUGUCUUUGCAUUCAGCUGGUAUGACUACGUGAUUUUGGUGUGAGUGGUUGAGAGUUUUGACAAGUGUUAUCUUAUUUCAAGGGCAGGAGAGUUGCUAAACGUUACCUGACGUACAGGAGCGCUUGAGGGGAAGGAGGAGAGGGGGGGGGUGUUACGAUAUACGGGCGAGGAGGAUAGCAAAUGGCCUAAUCCUAUUAAACUAUACUAAUUCCAGUCCAUAUCCCUAAGCAAUUCCCCCUUUGCCCCUAUUCUUGGUUUGCAACCAUGUGAGAAAGCAGCCAUGUUGGGGAUCAAAACAAUGCAAAUUUUAUUCCCAAAAUAUGCGUGACAGCAUAGCCACUGUGACAUCACCUGCACCCACCACCUUGGAAUUUCAUUCCAGAGGAGUCUUAUAUAACCCCCCACCCGUCUGGAAUUUCCUAUUUUCUUUUAGUGGCCUAAAUUUGUAGUAUUUAGAAAUUUUCCACUUUUUACCACUUAAAAAUCACUGCUCACGUCAUAAGACACACCUUUUAUUGUGUGGUUCCAGAAAAUAUCCAUACCCCCACCAAGGAGGGAAUUGGAAAUUCUGAGGAGGUGGGGGGGUCAUAGGCCCAGAAAAUUCCAGAGUCGACGUGGGUUGGAUGAUAAAAAUCACUUUCCAAUGGGUUAAUUUCGAACUCAGUACGAAAAUUGCUACUUACUGAUCUGGUAGAUCAUUUUUGAAGACAUAAGUUUAAGCAUAUCAUUUAUGAUUGCUUUUUCGUCUAAACCAGCUUUUCUUUCUUCCAAAAGCGUUAUGUAUGCGAAUCCAAAGGAAUUAGGCCCCUGUUAGGCCGACAAAAACUUGCCUUGUUGCAUGCGUAAUAUUGGUUGUCUUUACACUAGGCUGUUAAGUAAGACUUAAGAGCCGCUAAGUUUUACUUAACCAAAAAUUCGUGUAUGAAGGCCUAAGUAAAAUCUCAAGUAACUUUGCGUUGCAUCUCAUUAAAGUCAGAAAGUUGAAACGAUUCAAGAAAGUUUCAAGUGACUUGAAAACCAUCCUUAUGACCGACUUAGCUGACUUGCAGUUUUGCGGUUUCUUGAGCUUUGAGAAAGGCGAGACAUGUCAAUCAAUCUUAAUUUUGUUGCGUGGGAAAAUAACCUGAAGUAAGAAAGAAUCGGUUGUGUGUGAAGCUUUAUUUUACUUGAAGUAACUAAAAUUUACUUGUCUUGAAAUAUUUCUUAGCUUAUUUAGGCUCUAGUGUAAAGACUACCAUUGAUCACCAUUACUUGUUCAGUCUCCGUAGAGACAUAAACACAGAACAGGUGUGGUUAUGUAGCUCCAGUACAAAAAACACUGGUGACUAGCUACCUUUCUUAGAAUCACGUCAGACGAUCGAAAAACUGUACACCAGUGAAAGUCUUGCUUCAAGAAGCAGAAGGUAUAUGAUGUAACGAUUUCAGAAUCUAGAAUUUUUAUUCUCCUUUUCGUUUCCCCUUAAUUUUGUGGUUGAAAGUUUGACGUGUCAACAUUAUGGCCGUGGAGACGGCUUCCCGCCAUUUGGAAAAAAAAAAUCAUAAGUUUGCAUAUCAAGGUAAACAAAGGUUGCUUUGUAGGUAGUUUAUUGUGUUCUAAUUCAAGACCUCUCAAUGAAAUUAAAUGAAAACCAUUGCAUACCCACAAACGGCGUCGUUCUUUACUUUGAUAAUCUUUUUUUGUGAAAAUAAACUUUUCCAGAGGGAUUGGGGGGUCUUUGUCUUAUACUGUGGAAAUUCUGGAGGGGUAGGGGGGGAGGUGGGUCAUCAGUUCCUCACAAAUAUGGAAAAUCCAGGGAGGUGGGGGAAUCCUAGGUGAAAUUCCCUCUGUGGUGGGGUAUGGAUAUUUUCUGGAACCGCACAUUAUAGCUGAUACAUUUUUGAUGUUUUUUGAAGGCAAUAUUUCAAACGUACAUAUAGCACCCUUGAUUAAGGUCAUUUCAACUAAAACAAUAUUUUUAUAUGCCUUGAGUGCAAAGUUGGUCUCCCUAGGGGCUCAUGUGUAGGACUUGCCUGUUUGCUUAAAAAAUGUUAAGCUAAAAAUCGAGGAUGUGGCUUAUCUAUAAAACGAUCUCUUCAAGUUUGUGUAAAGCAAAUAAAGUGAAUCAAACGCAUGGCAAGCUAACUCGAUGUCUUCAAAGGGAUAGCCGUUUACCGUUUCACUACUGUCCGUUCAAAUACUUUCAAAAAUCCCUUUGAAGCAUUUGACAAACCAGUUGAAAAGUUUGAAUAUUUGUUUGCAAAUUAGUAACAUCCAUUCAAAUGCACAUGGACGUCCCUAACCCUUUAGAAAUUUCGGCUUUUUAAUCCCCACUCUCCUCCCCAUCAGAAAUUCCAUUGAUCAACUGUGAGGGAGGUAUGGAUAUUUUUUGGAAUGAUACACAGGGUGUUCAUUAGGCAUCAGAGAUUGGAGAAUUCUUCUUCUUACUGCCUGCAACUGCUUGAUGGUUUACUAAAAUUAAGUAAGUUGUUUAAAAAAAUAUGCAAGUUGUGAUCCGAUCCAAUCAAGUACUAAGGUGUACACAGCUUUUCUUUUUAUGGGCCACACAUUUUGAGAAGAGAACAUUGAAGAAAGAGUAAAAUUAUUGGGAUCAAACGUUGAUUUGAGAAAAAGAGGUCUUAAAAUGAGGGAAUGAUGUUUCAAGAACUUAGCUCCUUCUAGGGUGCGGCCAUGUCUCUCACUCCACUCCCCCUCCCCCUCCCAGGAAAUUGCACCUCUGGGGCAUUCUGGGGCAUAUUUUUUGCCUUACCGGCCAUGAAUGGUCCCUUACCUGCAGAGCAAAAAUUUAGCAAGAACACUGGAUAAAAAUGGGUGUUAAUCACCUAUUAAAGUUGAGGGGCUGGUUAGGGGACGUGCCAAGUUUCCUAGAUUAUCUAGAAUGGUUCUCAAUAAAGGCAAAGUUCUUUGGAGCACAAAACAAGACAAUGAAUCUGUUAGGUCUGUUCCAGACACCUCACUUCACAUGAGCUGAAUCAAAUUCAAGUUCAGGCUGAACCAAUAAUUUAAGUAAUUUUAGGCUGGCUAAUUGAUUUAGAUGCCACUCUUUAUUAAUAUACAGUCAAAAUGAAUUAAAAAGGAAAAAAAAGCCUUUUUGUAAAAUAUGAUUAAAAAUUAUGCAUUUGGUUCAGCUCAUGUGUAGUUCAGCACCCGAAUCAAUGCUGGUCAACAGCCAGCAAUCCAGCAAUGUAUUUUCACAGUUGAUUACAUGUAUGUUUUCUUUCACUGUUCAGCCACAGCAGAGUUGGAACAAUAUGGUGAGGUAGAGAGCUUUCUUGGUCAGCAAGGAUCGUCACAACAGCAGGUCCAAACACCUUUUCGUAGCCAGAAAGAAUCCCCAGGGAUGUUGCAAGAAAGGAAUCAGAGUUCUCCAUUCUUCACAAUGUCUUCAUCUUCAUCUGGUGCACAUGAUGACUUCCUUUCACCAGCUCAAAAUGUAAUGAACACUUCUUCGGGAUACCAGACUCCCACUGCCAAUUUAACAGCUGUGGGACCUGGGACAUACACUCCAUCAAGAUCAUCAACUACUCCACCCCAGUCUUUUCCUCCAACAGCAGCCAGCUGGUCCCAGUCCCCUCCUCAGCCUGUAAGCAACUCACCCCAUACCCCGUCCUUUGGUUCCACUGUUUCACACCAAACCUCACCCCAGCCUGCGACCAGCUUGCCCCAGACUCUGCCCCAGCCUGUUGCCAGGGGGCCUCCCAGCACACCAAGCACAUCAAGUACUACACAAUCAACAGGGUCAUCUCAACCACAUACAUCUCCUCAACCUCUGUCUCAUUACAAUGUCCCCUCAUCUCAGCAAGUGCAAAGUGGGCCUGCACCUGUUCUUGAACCUGUCCAACCACACUGGUUCUACCGCAAGGGAGCUUCUGUGUGGGUACCAUUCUCUUUUAUAGACUCUGAGAACCUGGAGCAGGCAUUGAAAAGUUCUUCAGCAAGUGGAGACAGAAUCGUUGCCACUGAUGGUGGACGGUAUGAUGUCAACCUUGAUAAGAGGUUGCGCUACCCCCUUUAUUGGGAAGAAGCUGUAUCAGUAGUGCGAAGGUGCACUUGGUUUUGUAAAGGAGAUGGAGAGUCUAAGCUUGUUCCUUAUAUGGAAGACAUGGCAGCAAGGCUUGAGGUAAGGUAUACAGUACCAAGUCAUUGUUCAAUCUAGAAAUUAGUCAAAGUGGGUGAUAUGUCCCACAUGGCAUUUUAAAUUGGGUUAUUUCAAAAAGUGGUCUGGGUCAAACUAUGAUAUUGAAACUUUGCACAACUGACAUCAUCAAACUGACUUCUCCAGCUUCACUGCCAUCCUUAUCCAGCUCAACUUCAUGCUUUUCAGGUUCAACUGCCAUUCUCUUUUACGUUAAAAAUGAACUAAGCUUUUGUUGUUGUUUCAUAAUGAAUAAAGAAAAAGAACAAAUUCAACAAAUAAAGUGUGAAUUUAUCAGCAAAGCAACAUAUGCAAAACCUCGAAACGUACGCUCCAGUAUUUCUCUGUACAGCGUGAAAGGCCUGACACAAAAACUACUCAUAAGUGUGUAGUCUGAAAUGACAGUCAUUUGGCACACUUAUUUCAGGCUAGUAAGCAUAUCUUUUUAAUUUUCUUAAUAUUGACCACAUGUUUGGAAGUACUUGUAUAUGAGGUAACCUUUUUUGCAUCAGUAAGAUUCCACAAUAAUUUCAUUUUGACGAAUAUUCUGCAUCAUUGACACAAAAAUGUGGCCUAGAUUAAACACUGUCCAUUUCUAUUUCCGAUCUUGUCUAAAUAUGUUCUGUCAAUGACUACCAUGAUGAGAAAAGCUGUGAUCAUAAUGUCUUGAGCAAGGGAAAAAGAAAAAAAAUCUGAGUCCCUGACAGGAAUUGAACCUAUGACCUUCUGUGCACUGCUUAAAAAUUUAACAUCAUUGUAAGUUAUUUGUCACACACAUGAUGCUUUUGACAUUGCUGAUCCUUGCAGUAUACACAGGAUGCAUGUCAUACAUGAACCUUGUUUGUGGCCUAGCUUGCCACAAGUCCUUUGUAGCUCAGUGGUUGGAGCAUCCAACCAGUGUGUGGAGGGCCACAGCUUCAAUUGCUGUUGGGGAUUUAGAUUUUUUCUUUGUCCCGAACUCGUGACAUGACGAUCACAUCUUUUCUCAUUUCUUCAUCAAGCUUAAAAUUUACCUUCAUUCUUCAUUUAUCAAUUACCAUGAUUUUGAUAAUGAAAUGAUUCUUCUUGGUGUACCUGGGGGCAAGAGUGGUGUAGUAAUAGUGGUGAGAGCCCAGGAUGGACUUGAAGUUUGUUGUCCUUGUUCUCUCCCUCUUUUUGAAAGCAACAAAUUCAUGCCUAAAUUCCAGUUAGAUCUGGGACAUAGUAAGAAAAGAACUCCUCUGUGCAUCCACUAUCAGAAAAUCAUUUGUCAUCAUUAUCAUCUUAUUAUUGUUAUUAUAAUAAUGUUUUAAAUUAUCAUUCAAUGCUAAUUUUUCUUCGUUUUCAUUGGCUUAGAGCCUAACACAUGACCUGCAAAAAGCUGCCUACAAAUAAUGGUCUGCUCAUGGCCAAUGUCUUCCAUUUGUGUUCGACUGCAAAUAAUAUUUCGCCCAUGUGUAAAUGAAACCACCGUUUCUCCUUCUUGCGAUUGCUCUUGCGUGAAAAUGGCAGAUUUCUUUGCUUCCCAAAGAUAUUAAUUAUUAAAACUCGGUGAUCGAUUUAUAAAACAAUAAUAUAGAACUCAGUUAUUGCAAAAUAUCCUGAUUUGUCAGUGUAAUUAUUGAUCUGCUCGCCACUGACAAUCACAAUAUUUUGCUCAACCUAGUCCACUAAUAAUUGAUUGUUAAUUAUUCAAUAAUUAUUUUAUUCUGCGUUAAAGAUCCUCUUACAUCAUUAAUGAAGCUUGAUUGUAAUUGCAACCUGUCUUGCUUUUUUGUUGUAACACAAGUUUCAUGGUGGACUUACAUUGUGUUUAAUAUAGCAGUUUGCACUCUUUGAUCAUAAAUGAAAAUGCCUGGUAAAAUUUGUGUUACAGCAAGCAUUGUACUAUGCGAAUCAAGUUCUACAUUGUACUCAUCAGAAUGAUUCUUGCGGAGCUCUUACAACAAUGAGAACCUUGGGCUACACCUCCAGCAAAUGUUCAACAUGGCACAUCAAAAUUGCAUGGCAAGUUGCAAGGAAAAAAAAAAUUCGCUAUGGCAAUGCUUGACACGCAGUACCUUUCUAUCAAACUAUGUUUUGAUCCUUUUUCAGGCAGAUUUUCUUUUGGCUUCUCGUGAGAAUAAGUGGCCACGUAGAGUUGAAUUAUCUGCUGGAGAGUACAUUAUGAUGCAUAAUGCUAAUGUUAUGGUGCAUUUUGUGCCCAAUAAUGAGAAUGAAAACUGGAGUGGAGAGGACUCUGUAGCAAGGCCACGGGUUGUGAGACGAGGAAUAGCAGAUAUUGAAGACGAAAUUGAUGAUGGUGGGUGAUUAUUCGUAGCAUUUCCAUGUAUUUCAAUAAAUUGAGGGCUUACAGUUGAAACUUGAGAGGCAAUUUGUGGUUUUUUAAUUUUGCUUCGUGAAUUAAUGGCAUUAGUACUGAAAAACUUAGUAAAGAAAUUACUAUUGUUCUGAAUUGUUCUUACAUUGAACCCUUGAGAUUGCACAGUCUGCAAAUAAUCAUUACACCUCUUUCAAAACAAUCCAAGGAUUUUAAAAGUUUUCCAAAAAACCUACAUGUAGUAAAUGCCCAACAAAAACAGCAACAACAACAACAACAACAACAAAACAAACAAAAAAAAAACAGGGCCAAGAAGAGCAAAAGAAGUAGGGAGGAACGAAAGUGAAAGGUAAUUGGUGAGGGAGUCUAAAAGGCAGGGUUCUGCUUGAACUAUAUACAGCAUUUCAGUCAGUUUUCACUCUUUAGCCAGACAAUAAACAGGAAACGGGUCAACUAUAAUGUGGCUUCAAAAGACAUUUUUCAGCAAAAUUUCCUGUGUACAUGCAGUGGUGUCCAAAAAUGAAUUUAAUAGACAUGUACUUUUUUCGGUUUUGUUACUUUUGGGAAGUUGUUUUGGUUCUACUUUCCUAGUAUUUUUUUGUGAGAGUAGUUGGAGUCCAUGCUUGUACAAGCCAGAGGAAAUCCCCUGCUCUCAACCCCUGGCCUUCAGUGACAGCAUUGCAAUAACACAAUAAAUAAUUAAACAGUUUUGUGGUACAAUAAAUGAUUAUUUUGUUGCUAAUGCUCUUUUUUAGGAGAACCGGCUCAGAUUGAUCACCUAAUAUUUGUUGUUCAUGGGAUUGGUCCUAUUGCAGACUUGAACUUUAGGAGUAUUGUUGAAUGUGGUGAGUAUCUGAUACUCAGCUUAACUUAAUGCUUCAUUUGUCUUUUAUUUUGAGGCAGAUGUUAGUCACUCAAUUUUAGUGAACUAUUAGCCAUGAGAAAUUAGAUGUAUCCAACAUUAUUAUCAAGACUGAAGAAACAUUAAGUGUGAAAGUUGCUGCGAGAGGGAGGAAGGGCUGGGAGAAAACACUACACAGAAAUGGCAAGCAAGCAACAAGGCCUUAGCAAAUACCCUUUGUGAAGAACCGCAAGCAAGCAACUGCAUAAUUUAUACAAGUCACAAGGUGCCCCUGCUAAAAGCAUGGGGUCACCCCCAGCAUUGUUGGGAAAACUGCUGACCAGCCUUGCUUUGAGGUUAACUUUGCCUAAAUUACAUUUAGAUAGAUCUAAUUUUGCAAAAUGUUAAUGUGAGGUGAAGUUUGAUGGAAGAUAAUUUAAUUGUAAUAAGGGCCUUAAUUAUUAAGUUCCCUCUGUUGACUCCCGGCUUCCUCUCUCAAACCUUAUUCAAAGAUAUGAGGCAUCCUUUUUUAGGAAAUGCCACUCACCACAAAAUUGAUUAUACAAGUUCUAAUGGUGUUAACUAACCAUUUUCGUUAAGGCUGUUUAGCUGAAUACGUGGUGAGAACUCUAAAUGUUGAUCAUAGUUUUCUAGUACAGCAGCUGUACACACAACAUAGUUAUCAUCUAAUGAGGUGUUUUUAAGCCUGUCUGGUAAUGUUUCAUUCUGUUCCAGUUGAUGAUUUUCGUAGAAUGAGUCUCCAAAUGUUGGCUGACCACCAUGAUGAGUUAUCUAGGGGACGUGCCAUCGGCAGGGUGGAGUUCUUACCAGUACAGUGGCACUCUAGACUUCAUAAUGACUCAACAGGUGUAGAUAAGUAAGUCAAGUCAACCUAGUGAUAAGCCUUGAUAUUGCAUUCAUACUUUCUCAGCUCUGUUUCAAUCAGUGACUUUAGUAGCCUGUCACAGGCUCCAAGAUAGAAAUGCAGCGAUUAUGAAACCUGAAGUGAUGCGAAAAACAUGCUCUACAUAAUUAUCUUUGAGCUUGGCACAGGCAAUGUAUUUAGUGAAGUCAAAGAAAGAUUAAGUUUUUGUAAAAAUGAUAUAGAUUUAGCAAGGGUCAAAAGCGAAGUUCUCUUGGGAUUUUUUAGAAAAGUCUUUCUAUAGUAAUUCGACUUUUGACAUAAAUAAGAAACAAACUGAAAUGGACUUGAGCUUGCAAUCAAUUAGAAACAAUGAAUCAGAACUUGUGAGCGUAGAACUAUAAGAAGAAGAAGAAGAAGAAAAAACAAAAACAAAAAAACUCGUGACCUGAAUGAGUUUUAAACCUGAGCCGGCGAUACAGUCAUGUUAUACUGGUCAGCAGAUACACUGGUUUGAAAGCUGUCAAUUAACAUGGAUGUCUGAGUUAAACACAGAUUGUAUACCUUGGACUUCAAGCUAGUAAGCGUGAUAUUUCACAUCCGCUAACAUGAAGGGCAGACUUACGUACAUACGUAUGGGUGGACGAACGUACGGACGGACGAUUUUGGCGAAACCAAAAUUUCUUGGAUGGAUGGAUAAACAAAUUUCAUUACCCAUGGUGUUCCGCUACACGCGUGUACAAGACCCUCAUUAUAAAAAAAUCUAUUAAACGUUUUUUACAUUGAAAAUACUGCAAAUCGAGAGUACUGUUUCUGUAUUGAGCGAGACGGGUUUUAUUGUCAGACGAAGAAAUUAUGAUCGUUGCAGUAAUAGAUGGCAGGUAUUCGCCCUCAUGAAUUAAAUACCCUACAUUAACUGCAUAAAUUAGUUUACGGCGGUAUUCAUUUAAGAGUCCUUUUCUCAAUCAAAAGUCAAAGUUGCUAUUUGUACUUUACCUCUGUAGAAGACUUCAGUCCAUUUCUUUGGGAAGCAUACGGCGUCUUCGAGAGUUCACCAACAGUACCCUUUUGGACAUACUAUUUUACACUAGCCCAACAUACUGUCAAGUAAGUUUUAUCCACACGUACAGCUGUAAGGGUAGUUCUCAGUAGAACCUUGCUUCAACGGGUUUUUUUACCAAGUUUUGAUGAGGACCAUUGGAGAAAAUGCGUCUACACCGCCGAAAAGAGCGCCUUAACAUUUAAGUUUGGUUCUUAUGACUAAAAGUUCGACGUUAGAGGCUUUUUCGGGGUGCCCAUUAUUAUAAUUUUUGACGAGGGAAAGUUGCAUUUCAAAAUCUCACAGGCUUAGAACAAUAUUUAAGGGAGAUUUGUGUCAGUAAUUUAUUUUUCAAUGUGCAAAUGAUGAUACUCCGGCAUUAACUAGAAAUUCCGUUUUUCUUCUGGGACUUGUAAAUUUUGGAUCUUACUAAUUCAUAAUGUAAUUAUAUCAUAAAAAUUUCCCAAAUCCCCAUCUGUCAGCACAGGUAGCCCAAGCUGGAAAUACAGUGUCUGACCAUCUGCAUUGUUGCUAAACCUUCGAAAUAUUAGGGUUUGUAUGGGAGGAAAACGAUUGUUUCUGUUUCCUACAAAUGUGAAAGGAUUUAAAUAAAUUGGAAACCUCUCAGGAAAGAAGAAACAUUCAAUUUAAGUGAGGUCAGCCUAUUAGAUAUUGGAAUCCUUUCACAUUGUAGCUUACCGAAGCAGUAGUUUCUCCCCCAUAAAACUCCUUAUAUUUCGAAGGUUACGCAAGAUUGCCGAUAGUCAUAUGAGCUCGGGCUUCUUGUACUGUCAGUUACUUCAUUUGUAUAAUGCUAAAAGGGCGCUAACACUCUCUUCACGCAAAUUCCAGAAUGUCCAAUUCAUCUUUUCAUUACUUUCGUUUAACGUUUUCCCUUUCCGUGAACAGAACAUUGUUAACACAGUUGGCGAAGAAAUCAAGCGAUUGCUGGAAAUCUUCAAGAUAAGGAAUCCCAUGUUUAAUGGCAAAUAUUCAGUGUGUGGGCAUAGCUUAGGUAGGAAAUGGCAUUCUCUUAAUUUUCCUUUCUUUGUCGACUCUUUUGAUCUUAUCACUGGCAAAGGUAUUAAUGUUCUUUUAUUUUGGUCCAUUGACACUGUUGAGCAUCCACUGGCCGACAGAAUGGGCCAUUUUCGAGCUGCCCAAAGUUUUUGUUUCAAAGCGAGGUCAAGUGCGAAGCUAUUGCUAUGAAAAUGUUUAUUUAUUGUCAUGCGAACAAACCUCAUUUUUACAAGAAAGGUUUUGGACUUAACCUCGUUUUGGAAGUGAGAGUUUUGCAAACUGAGAAAUGACCUAAGGUGUUAAAAAAUGGCCUGCAAUAGUCCAUUUUCGAGUUCGUUAUGAUCGCUGAAUUAAAGAAGAAGUGAAGGCAUAUUUUUUACAGCCGUAGCCUCCAUCUGAAGUAAUAUAUUCACAAAAUCCAACGAGAAAAAGACCUGUUCAUACUACUACUACUACUACUCUGUCUAUUGUGUAUAUUCAAAUUUCAAACACUUACUUGCCAGAAUUUCUGAAUAUUUUACUUUACGUCGAGGCUAACCCUGUAUGAAUGUGUUGUUAAUGUUUGUAUUCAGCGGUAAUUUUUAAUUAGAAACUGGACUAUUCAAGCUUGUUGCGCGUUAUUGACUUUCUGAUUACUCAGUUCAUGUUUUAUUAACUCAACACCAUAUUAUCUAGAUAUACCAUCAUUUCUUUAAAAGUUUUUUGUUUUAUUUACUUUUUUGUCGCUGGUUUUUGGCCGAGGAAAAACUUCCAACAUGUUUGAUCUAAAAAUUACCAACAUGAAAUUUUGCAGGGAAAGAUUUUGUUUUGAGGUUGCUUUGUUGAUCACCCGUGUAGUAUUAACUCUUUCCAGUCGUUUCCAGUGCUCCCGUUUGAAGUUGCAUUAUAAGACUGGCUGACCCAGAUUCCCAGAGAAAAAUUCUGGUACACUACCCACGCCUUCUUUUAAAGCAUUCCAUGCUGCCAUGUAACGAGUUGGAGCUUUGGUAGUACAAUUAUCGCAUUUUUCUCAUGCUUUAGGGGCACCGAACGACAUUUUCCUUUUAAAUACAUCAAAAACGCUUUUUAGAUUUUUAGGCUAUCCAAAGCUUUUAGAUCUCUAUAUGCAUUCUAAGCAGGGCUAUAAAAUUUGUAUCUGUCCGGUCAUCCUAGGACAACUUGAGCCUUUCUGAAUUGACAAGCGCUUAAGCAUUAUUUCCCGGAAAAUUAUAGAUGCAAUUUAUAACUUAACGAAGAUGAGAAAGUUUCUCCAUCACAUUUUCGUAUCCGAAAUUUUAAGUUUCCUUUUUGUACGAGUAAUAGGUAAACGUCAUCUAUAAAAUUCAACUUUAGAAAAUAGCAGGGGAUUUCUUAGAUAAGUCUCGAAAGUCGUACAUGAAUGAAACGAUUAUCUAGAAACUUUUAGCCUUCCUGAACCUAUAGAAAAUUCUAGGCAGAAAUUGCUUCUUCGAACAGAUAUUUUGCAGAAAAUGGUUCUUGGGUGCCCCUUAUACUUUGAUCAGUCUGAGAAUCAAACAGUUGUGUAAUAAUUUUGCUUUUCAGGUUCAAGCAUUCUCUUUGACAUACUCCUUCAUCAGGUAUUUGUAAUUUAGGGAAAUUUUAAAAAUAUACCAGUUAAGGUGUUUCGAUACAGUUUUCUCGAGGCCAUACCGAUAUUUUUCAAUCGCCUUAAAACUGAUUUUAUCCUUGUCCGAUCGCUAUAAAAUUUUCACCAGUGAUUGGCUAUGAAUUGAAGUUUGUCAAAAUGCAGUUUUUAGUAAAAUCGACAUCACUAUGACAACAAUAAACAAAAAACUUUGAAAUUGAUAAAAGCCGAAUAUUGCGCGAUCUAGACCUGCUACUGAAAAUCCGACACCAGGAACCUUAAGUGUGGUGUUUGGCAAAUAACCCCUUGAGAAGUAAAAAAUUCUGUGUGUUUGAAUUCAAAUAAAACGUAAAUAUAUUUCAAACCUUAUAUUUUCAAUAGUCGUGUUAAAUUGUGUAAUAAAAAAGUUCUGAAUGACUCAAAUUAAUCUCAAGUAACGCGAGAGUGGUGCUUAAUAUCAUAUUUCAAUGCUAGGAAAUUUUGGGAUAUUUUUUUUCUUGCGAUCCUGAAAACUAACCUGUUUUCUCACCUCCUGUCUAAGUGCAACUUCAUUCUAAAUUUUUACUUUUAGCGCUUUUCUGUAUAUCUCUGGAACGGCUCGACAGAAUUCUUUUCAAACCUCAUCACAUAAUCUUCACGAAACGAAAUUUGCCGCCUUUUGAGUGAAAAGGCCUCAAAAGGCCAUAGUUAAUUGAGUGGAAUGGUUAUGAAACCCGUCAGACUCCUUUGUUAUAUGUUUUUGUGGACCUGAAAGUGCACAACGUUCAAAAGAAUUCCUAUCAUUUUGAUUGUAUUGACCAAUAAAAACGUUGCAUUAAUUUAUUCCGUAACAAUUUGCCAACAGAAAACAAAGGAUUGUGCACUUUCACGGUACUUCCAACAUAAACUGCAGCACUGUUGUUUUUAUCAUUGAUGUUUGCCGCUUUUCAUAACCAGUCUCCUCUAAGACCCUGUUUACAUGGAGUGGGGGACCCCGGUCUAGUGGGGUAAGUUUCUUUUGUUUUGUGUACCCCAGAGCGUGAAAACAAAAGAAACCAACCCCACUAGACCGGGGUCCCCCACUCCAUGUAAACAGGCCCUAAUAACUAUGCAAAAGGCAGGUUUCUUGGGCCCUAUAAGCUCCAAAAUGACAGUAACGAAGGAAAAGGAAAGGAGAAAAAGAGGGAGCGAGGAGAGGGAAAGGAAGAGAAGAGAGAAAAAAAAGCAAUGGCUUCACUCUUAGUUUUAUAAUAGCUACUUUGGAGAUUUUUGGCCGUAAAUAAACUGUUGGACACAAAAGGUCGUUUUCGCGGUAACGUUUUCAAUAAUCCGGCUAGAUAUAGUAAUUUCUGAAACUAUCAUUAAUAUAAGGUUGAUUCACUGAAACUAAAAUUUCAUUAAUAUUAGGUUGAUUCUCUGCAACACCCGUGAAAAUUUCAAGACAACGAACCAAAAUGAUAGCCGUUGUGCACGGUCCAGCCGGGUUUCCCAAAAAACUCCAAGACGAACUUAAAAAAUUAUUAAAAAGGAGCUGUGUCACAGCAUUUAGCAAAUCAAAGUGGGUACUAUCACCAAAUUGGGUGAGACAUAAAGAUAACCAUUCAAAGCGUUAAAAGAAGGUGUUAUUAACACAGCAAAUAAAGAAGGAGGCACGGAUGGACAAACCUGAAGGAUUGAGACUGUGGUUUUUGAAAACUUGUUUGCCUAACAGGUUGUCAAAUCUUGUUUGUAACGUUUGAAAUAAUGCUUGAGAGACGUAUUUGUUUGACGAGGAGCUGUGACUUUUUCAUUCACGAGUAAUUUCUCAAUUUUCAUGGCGAGUAAGGACAUGUCAUUGGCAUUAUUAAUGAAAUGAACUAGACAGCGAUGACAGAUAACCGUUCAUUUCACGCUGGUUACUUAGCCCCCCAUCAUCGGGCCUUUUAGCGUGCUUCAAAUGUAGUAUUCCUCGUUCUAUAAGCCAGAAAGUAAAACAAGCGCCCUUCAAAUGUAAUAUUCCUCGUUCUUUAAGCCAUAAACCAAAACAAGCGCGCUUUAAAUGUAAUAUUCCUCCUUCUAUAAGCCAGAAAUCAAAACAAGCGCGCUUCAAAGUUAAUAUUGCUCGUUCUAGAAAAGGCAGCUAGGUAACCGGGGCGAAAUGACUCGGGGACAAAAUUACCAAUAACCCCGUGACACGUCCUCUUCAAGUUACUUAGUACCACAUUCCUUGUUCUAUGGCUCUGUAAUAUGUCUUAGGCGUUUCCUUAAAGCUUUUUGUUUCAUUUGUUUCUUUUCUUUUUUUUACUUUAGAAGGACCAGCGAGGUGGAAGCCCUCCAACUAAGAAUAAUGUAGUAGAACAAGCAAGGUAUGCUCUCUUCCUCUUGCCGUUUAUCUAUCUCUUGUUACUAUACUUGCUAAAUAAUUCUAGUUAAACAAUUCUGACACUCACACGAUCAUAAAAUAUUAUUUUGCCCUAGAGUCAAGGAGUUAGAGUAGAUAUGGGAAUUGCAAGAGUGCCCAUCUGCCAGAGGAGCCUUUCUUUGGUUUGCUCGUUUUUGUCGUACUCGAGAAAGACUCUGCAUAAAUCGCGUUAAACUGCGUUAGACCUUUGUUGAGCACGCACGGCAUGUUACUAGGAGAUAGUUUCGAACCCUGCAGGCCCAAUAACCGUGUGCUCGCACGGCGGGCUCGGUUAUGGCCAUCGGUUUAUCAAUAAACGGAUGCUUGCACUCGAAAAGCCAGUUUGACGAGAGAGAACAAGAUUGACUAGUCAAGAAGGUUUGACGUGAUUCAGGCAGAGGCUCCCCUUCUCGUCCUCACUCAACAAGAGGAAAGGAGGCUCUUUUCGUAGGGUGCUAGAGUACUUACGACCCCUUGAAAAUAAACCAUCAGAAUCAUAACCGGAGUAGCAUGGCGUAUUAAAUUGGUUUCGUCCACAGACUCUAACCGUUGGAGUCUAACGGUUAGAACUACAUACUAAAUAUAUACAGACUGAAAUAAAUAGUACCAUGUGAAAGUACUGCUGAAGCGGUUUCAUUUGAAUGGUAACACCAUAGGAUUUCGUCCACAGACUCACAAAUUAUAACUACGUACUAAAUAAAUAGUACCAUGUGAUAUUACUGCUGAAGAGGUUUCAUUCAUACUAACACCAUGGGAUUUCGUCCACUGCGGUGACCAAUAAUCUAGCUUUAACGUGACCUUGGAAUCAAGGGGUUAUUCGUUACUGCCGGUUUUUGUUUGCUGAUAAUGGUCCGUCAUAAAUCCAAUCUUCUAAAUGAAGUGGAUGAAAGCGUCAGCUUACUAUUUACCUAGUUAAUGGCUUAGAUUAUUCAAUCAUAUAUACCUACUAAUAGAACACUUCAAUUCAGUAUGAUGGCGCGUCGAGCGAGUCCUAGCUCUGGAGAAAACAAAAAACAAAAAUCAUUAAAUAGAGGAUAUUACAUGCCCGCGCGGAGAUACGAAAUUCCUCUUUAAGUGUUGAAAAAUAUUUUUUCAACACGAGAAGAGAAAUUUCGUAUCUCCAAGCGGCCUUGUAAUGUUCUAUUUAUUAUAUAAACACCAAAGAAAUACCAAACCAUUUCACUUUCCUUCUUUGUGUUCUUAACGACAGAGGGUUGUCCAAUACUGUCAACUAGACUCUAGUCGUAUCCCUUAGCUCUCCACUGGAAAAUCAGAGGUCUAGUGGUGAAAAGUCCUACCAAGUGGAGGUGAUCCAGUGGAACCGAUUAGAUUCCAGUGGAGAAGUACAUUUUCUAUUCGUGACAAGACGCGCUAUUAUGCUGAGUUUUAAUUUAGUAAUAGCAAAAGUAGUUUUUUAUGUACUACAUGACAAAUUUCUGCAAUUUGAUUGGCUUUGAGCAGUGGUAUUUCAGGUUAAUUUGAAAUACCUACAUGUGAAAAUUACAAGCCUUUUGCGAGAAGUAGUAUAAACAAAUAAUAGCAUGAUUUGUACGUGAUAUUUGGCAUAAAUACCACUCUUGAUAUUUCAAAAUUGUCUGAAAUUUCACUCACCUAAUGGCUCGUGAAGUUACGUAGAACAAUUUUGAAAGAAAUAUCACUCGUGGUAUUUAUACCAAAUAUCACUACAAAUCAUGCUAUUACCUAUACUAACUUUACAUAACUGAAAUUUGUGCUAGGUUAUAACUAUGUAAUACAAGAGAAAAAAAAGUGCGAGCUGGGUAGCUAAAUAAACUGUUAGAUUUUCUAGUUAGCUCCCCAUCGAAAGUGGCCUAUUUAAAGAUGAACAUGGUAAGGAUUUAUUAAGAUUGAUACCUUUUCUUUUUAGUGAAAUAUCGUCCCUUAAGGAUAGCCCUGGUAAAAGUGACAUUCCAAAAGAGUUAGAAAAUAAUUCCGAUGAAGAUGAUGAUGAUGAGUCGUACCCAGCCCUUUCAGACGCGCUAACACAGCUUGGUCUUCCUGAAUACGUUGACUUGUUUGAAUCAGAAGAAAUGGACAUGGAGACUUUUGUAAGUUUGUCCCUUAUGGUGAAAUUUGUGUGGGGUUUCUCGCACCUCUCUCGUACUGAGGAGUUCCCAAAUAAAUUUGAUACACACUUUUCAAACUUUUGAUACGUACUUCUCAUUCAUGGAGAGAGGACAAUAACCUGCGACCAGUCGUUUUCUUUUUUUUCCGGGAAAAAGAACUUUUCCCCUCGUCUCCCAAACAGGAGGGAGGAAGGACCACCUGACUGUAGGUUAAGAAGACAAUAGACGUGAGUACUUGACGGCGAUUUGGAUGUCGCAUCUAAAUUACUAAAUUACUUAAAUUACUAAAUUACAAAGGCUCCGCCCUGAGGUCCAAUCCCUCAGACUUUUAUAUACUUGUCUAUUUUUGACAGGAGGGUACCCUUUUUGUUUUUUGUCUAUUGACAAGUGGUACCCCGUUUAGAGCUUUGCAUCCCUUUCAACUGUCAUAAAUUGACUGUUUUUAAAAUAUGUCGAAAUCACAAAACCAGAACGUAUUUUCGAUUUUUUCACAGCCGUAAAAUGCGUCUGUUAGCCUUUUGGGCCUUUUUACAGACCGAAAUGACAGAUUUUCCCACCCUUUCCCGGCUUUCCGCAUACAUGUAUACCUGGUACCCCUUUCGGGCAGGACCUCUCAUAUAGGCAGUAAGAGUGAGUAUCCCCCAGGCUAGGUUAUGGUGCCGGCGUGAAACACCGGGUGUCGUGUUUGAUUUACUGGUGAACUUUCUCAAUAGGAAUGCAGAGGAAAGACGGCAAAAGCUUGUGUUAUAAGCGUGACAAACUUCACCUGUCAUUUAAACAUAUCUUUUUGUAAAAGACCAGAACACAGUAAUGUUAGUUGAGGAUCGCGGCAAAACCCGCAAGUAAUAGCCUUGUCACGUUUGUCACGCCCAAACGGUUUUCCGUCACUGUUGUGUCUGCCUUCCUGUUGCUUAAGCUCUCUAUAACUUGAUAGGACUGUUUAUCUUUUAUUUAUUUAUGUGAUACCUUUACAUCGUAUUGCAGACACGUUUUAAAUUUUUCGUUGUUUUUGUUUCUGUUAGCUACUGUGUGGCGAGGAAGAUAUGAAGGAAAUGGGAAUUCCUAUGGGACCAAGAAAGAAACUAAUGGGAUACUUGAGGAAUCAAAAACUAAAUAUGGUUUGUUGUUCUUAUGUUAAUAUUUUAGCGGAUAAAUGUUGAUCACUUUUACGGAUUAUGAGAAUUUUAAGGUGUGUCAUUUAUUUGAAAUGACACUUUAAAAAUUCAAACCCCAAGGGCGGUUUACACUAAUUAAUGACAAAUAAACGGUAUUGGCCAAAUUCCAUUCAAAACGACGCGGAAGUUACAGUGAAGUUAGUUAUAAAUUUUCCUGCCCAUGGACUCCUCGAAAAAGUCGGACGACAACCGUUUCAUAGAGACUCGGCGGACAAGUUUUUAUUAUUCAUUCGAAAUACUUCUUCGUUUUCGAUCGGUAUAAAGUUCUGCGGCUAAUUCUUCAUGUCCAAAAUUUGAAACACUAAAUGACUGCCGAUAUCAUUAUAUUUACGUCAAUCGCAUUGAUAUCGAAAGAAAAGGGGACUUACGGUGCGGUGGCUCAGCUGUUUUGGUAGGGAGAGCGGGAGAAAAUGGCGGGAGAUCUCACACCCUAUGCAAAGACGAGACAACCGAACUACUGCCUUAUAAACUGCAAGAAUAGACAAAAAUGCUAACACUCGAUGGAUAAUAUGCUGGAAUUGCCGGGUAAGAAUCAAAUGUUUUGAAGACAGGGACGUAACGUAGAGGUAAGCAUGUUUUAAACUUGGAAAUAUUUUGAAUGAAUAAUUAAACAAUCAACAAUACUGACCAAUUAUUGGAUUUGGCGUUCGUAUGAUAUGAAGAAUUAUGCAGACUUUACAGGGUGUUUUCCACCAAGGCCUUUAGUACUUCAUACUCAUCUUCAUUCAAUUAUUGGUACUUUACAUACUUUACAUGAAACGUUAUAAGGGGUUGUGUCAUGGCUGGCGAGUUCAUCUCUUUAAUGCCAAAUACGCGAAAUUAUUCGCUAUGCAACUUGAGAAAUUACUCGUGAAUGACAAAACCACAGCUUUGUGUCAAACAAAUACCGUAUUUAUUCGAUUAACCGCCCUGGGCGCUUAUUAAAGUUUUGGACCUUGAGAGUGGGCGCUAAUUCGAGGUGGGCGCUUAUUAAAUUUUCACCAUUUUCAUCAAGUGUAGUAUGUUUAUUUUGCAACAAAGCAAUAAAUGGUAAAAACAAAACGCGAAGAUGUAACAAAGCAAGGUAUCUGUAAAAUACUCUGGAAAAAAAAACCUCCGUCUUCGAGAGGGUCUCUUAUUAUCUCUUAUUUGUGUUUGAGGGGGAGGAGGUGGGCGCUUAUUCGAGGUUGGGCGCCUAUUAACUUUUUCUGCCUUUAGGAUGGGCGCUUAGUCGAGGUGGGCGCUAGAGAAAAUGCCUUGAUGUUUUAUUAAAUUCUCUCAACUAAUUCUUAAAAGGAAAUGUAUGGAGAUCAGUUUGGAGAAUUUAUAUGUGGAUACUGGGGCUUAAAGGGUCAAGCAUUCACAUUUUUUUUUACUUUUAGGGAGUAAAUUGCUGCUCUCUAGGAGCACCAGUUUAUUUAUUCCACUCUUGUUCCACUCGCAGGAAAAAAGGAAACUCGAAAGAGAAGAGAGAAAAAAGGCGAGAGAUGAGGCAAGAGCUAAAGCGAAAGCCGAAAACCAAGAGGCAAAAAUCACAAAUAGGGAAGAACACGAUAGUUCUGGCACAGACCAAGGAGUGGCCAAGUCAUUGUCUUUGGCAUCUGUUGCAAGUGUUGAGGUGGUCUAUCAACAAGGACUCGCAGGAACAGGCCAACCUUAUGUAGAGUACCCACAACUGGGUCUUAGCUUUUAUGCUUUGUUUGCUCUCGGGUCACCUAUAGGAAUGUUUUUAACUGUACGGUAAGUGAAAUGACCAAUCGUUGAAUUUCAUAUAUUGGAACUGCGGAGAAAAGCAUCGCAGUUUGAGACGCACGUUAUGCAGUUUCGAAAAGAAAUCUCUUGAAAAUAUUCACGCCUGCCGGGAUUCUAGCCCCGACCUCCGCGAUACCGGUGCAACGCUCUAACCAAAUGGGCUUGCAAGCAAGCCAGGAGCUGGUAAUUAAAUUGGUUUAUAAUAUACCCGGGAAACAUAAAGAUGAAAUGAGGAAUAAAUGAAUUUUCCAGUAUUGGAACUGCGGGAUGAAGAAGGAAAUGCAAAGCAAUUUAGGGCCUGUUUACAUGGAGGUGGGGAACCCCAGACAGGUGAGAUAACAUGUGGCGGGUCAACCCACUUAUCAUGUAAACGUGUUCAAAAAUGAGACAUUAUAUGGACAGGCGGGUUACCUUACCUACCCGGGGUCCCUUCCCGGGGGGGGGUACUGCCAUAUAUGGGCUAUAUAGGUAUGUGCCGCUGUGAAGGGUAUGGUUUUCAAGCAGUUUACUCUAGGAUAGGGUACAUAAAUCAGAGCGUUUGGGUCUAGAAUAGGGUAUCAUUUUUCAAGAAACUGAUCAGUUGUUUGAAGAUUUUAUCUAGACUGGGGAAACAGCUACUCUAGGAUAGGGGGAUUUGGGGAGUUUACUCUAGUAUAGGGUAGCAAAACUCAGCUGAACUAGCUCUGGUAUAGGUUAAGGGUUCCAGGGUCCCAGCGGCACAUCCCCCCCCAGAAAUUCCUAAAGUGCCCCCCCCCCCCGGGGGUCCCUUACCUCCAUGUAAGCAGGCCCUUAAUGACCAGCUCUCAGUUGGCUUGCUAUAUUUAGCUCAAUUGGGUACGAGUGCUGCACCGGUAUCGCAGAGAGCAGGGUUCAAAUCCCGGCAAGCCUGAAUUUUUCAGGCUUUCUUUUCGCAACAUCGUAAGUUGCGUCUUCAACUGCGAUGACCUUUUCAGUGAUUUUGUGACAAAUAGUUAUGGUGAGUCCUUCAUGGGACUCAUCUUGUGAACAAACAUUGAAUCCCACUCCAGAAUCAUUGAGUCCCAGUUCAAAAAAACAAUGGGGCCAUUUGUACGAGGAAAAAUAAGACGCGUCUUACGUAAGACGCAUCGUAAGUAAGACGCGAACUGUACCAUUUAUACGAGCAUGUCUUAUCUAAGACGAGAACAGCUCGUACAAAUGGUUCGCGUCUUAUUUCUGUUCUUGACUCGUUUUCAUGUGAAUGUUGCCCGUAGCAACGGCAAUCCAACGUGGCGCGUCAAAAAUUAACGCAUGCGUACUAUGCGUUCACGUCUUAUGUAAGACGCGAAGGUCAUUUAUACGACGUUUUUCUCGUCUUAGCUAAGACGCGUUCUAUCUAAGAACAGGUGUUAAUGGCUGUUCUAAAAUAAGACGCAUCUUAGCUAAGCCGCGUCUUAUUUUAGACGUAAUGUGCCGUUUAUACGGAAAGUUUGCGUCUUAUUUUUCCUCGUAUAAAUGGCCCAAAUGAGUCCUCAGUAAAUUGAAAAUGCUUGGGCCUUUAUGUGACCAGACAGAUAAAAGAUAUUCUUUUGUAAAGCACAACGAAGACUAUUAAAAAAGAAAUAUGCGUCGUUAAAAAGCAGCCACAAGAACAGCCGCAGAAAUCACACGAACAGGAUAUUCUACAAAAAAAUCUUCAGACCGAUCGAUCUUUUCGUCCUACUGGACGCGUGCCAUGAACCUUUGUGCGUCUUUGUGGAUUUUUAUGCGUCAGGGACGCAGGACGCAGAGGUAACAAAAUCACUGCCUUUUCUUUGUACUUAUUUCAUUCAAAUUUCAACAUGAAGCUGAAUGAGCCCUACAUACUUUAUUUCCGUUUAUUUUGAUCCUCUAUUUCUUUUUUUUGGACUGAUGGACGUUUGUUUACACAGAGGUGUCGAUGAAAUUGGCCUGGACUUCCAGCUACCAACUUGCCCUCGUCUUUUCAACAUUUUUCAUCCAUUUGACCCUGUGGUAAGUCAGUUCAAAGGUCACGUCUGCUUCAGACGCAUACAGCACGUCUGAAUUUCGUCGUCGGAAAAAAACGUCGAUCUUCACAUGCGACGAACUAAACUAAGAAAUUAAAAAUUUGUAUAAUAAUGUAUAGUUAGCCGCGUUCGGGAGAAAAUUUAUUAAAAUUGCUUUUUGGUCUGAUUCAUGUGAUUGGUUCGACGUCUGACCCAACAGACGAUCUUAACUUAAUUUAGGUCGACCCAAAUUGAGUCUUGUUCGUCUCAUGAAAAGCCGCCGUUGGGCCUAGGCCUUAACGGAGCAGAUACUGCUCUCCUAUAUUUACGCUUACCAUAAAUAAUCUAGUUAACUUCCCCUCUACGAUGUUAAAUUUGGAUUAUACGCCCCUCUCUCUGUUGCGUCACUUGUAACAAGGCGUCAGAAUUUGACGAGGAAAGAAUUUAAACGUAUCCUAGAAUCAGAAGCACAUCCGUGCAAACGUUUUUUAGACAAGCCAGUGGAUCAUGGCCAUAAUCUAAGAUCUUGUGCCUACGUGCUUAAAAUUUACUUUCGCAAAUGAAAUAGAAGCAAUGUAUGAAAGGUCGCUCGUAUAAGCGUAAAAGUAGACUCUCGCUCACCUUUUAUCUUGCCUCUAUUUUAUUUACGUGAUGAAAAUUUACGCGCGUUAGAGCGGUUUUCAUUUGAGUGUCGAAAGGUAAUUGGUUUUGCGUUUACUACGCUACGUGAUUGGCUUAAAAGAUUCGCGCCACUUUUUUAUCCAAUCAGAAGGAAAACCAAAACCAAUUGUGUCACGCUCGCAUGCAUUUUCCCGCGCUUUGCGUCAGCUACAUGUAAUUACUUCGAGUUUUAAUUGGUUCACUGUAUUGUCUGUGUCCUUUGUGAUUGGCUAGAGUAAUUACUUUGGUUUUGGUUUUACGAUACUCAAAUGAAAACCGCUCUAACGUGCGUAGCCAAAAACGCUUCAGUAGAAAUCAACCUUUAGACCCCUAGAAUUAAAUAAACGCCGCGUCUAUAAGAUCAUUUACGGUAUGUAGCAAAGGCUAAACAAUUUAAAUCGUCGUCUACUGUUUUUUUUAAAAAAAAGUGAGGUUUGAGGUGGGGAGGGGGCUUUCAGUAUGAGUCGGGUGGAGUUUAUUACGAAAAUAGGUCACUUACUAUUUACUCGAGUGUCUUUUUGAAUAUGAUCUAUCUUAAUUGUUUCAGGCAUACCGAAUUGAACCACUUGUAAACCCGUCUUCCCACUGCAGUCCUGUUCUGAUGCCACAUCACAAGGGAAGGAAGCGAAUGCAUAUUGGUAAUGGUAUUAGAGAAUUAAAUUGAAGAGCGGCUCCGUGAAAUUAGGAGCUUAAUCAACCACAACGACGACUACGACGACAACGCCAACGUCGAAAAAACAAAACAAAAAAAACAAAAACAAAAACAAACAGUUGGUUUUAUAAGCAAGACAACAUUUCUGCACAUGUUUUUUAGUACAUUUCUUUGACGUCCACUGUACGACUACGACGUGAAACCUCCUAAUGCAACGUUUUAUGGAGGACGUGAACUCACGAAGACGAAAUUUUUCUUUAUCUUUUUAAACCUGGAUAAAGGCCUUUUACUAGAAUCCAACUCAAAGAAAAAUGGCCUACAUUUGACAAAUUGAGCAGGUCCAAAUAGCCGCGAUAAAGAUUGAGAGGACGCAAAUUCGUUUGUUUCACUGCCACCGCUGUCGUUGUAGCUUCAGCUCUCUAUUAUCAACUAGAGGUGGAAAAAUGGCUCGAAAUUUGCUUGAUUUUCACCCAUUUUAGGCAUUUAGGCAAUGUUAUGAAUUAAAUCGGCUGCCAAUAGCAACGCGUCCCUUAAACUCACUGUAGGGUUGGUUUAAAAGCGAGCGCGAGAUUUAAAAUUCGGUUUUUCUAGCAGUCGAGUAGAAGUUAAGAUUUGCGACUAGAACUGAAAACGGUGAGAAGAUUCACCCUAGUGUAAGUAGAUGCUUUUCGAGAUCUAUUCAUCUUUUGAGCAAAUUUCUGAUUGGGAUAUUUGACUUUUCUUUUUAGCCAAUCAGUCUAUCUAUUUAUAUGCUUGUAACCCAUGCUGAAGAGAAAAGGAAGCGAGCCCGAUUUCGACGCGUGAAUAAAGUUGAAUUGUUAGAUAACUGAAAUCCGAGUAAUGAGUUCAUAAGAGCCGCGAACUGACGACAACAGGCAAGAAAAAAUUUGGUUUGAAAAAUAUUCUUCAAUCAGUCGGACUUAAUGUUCGAGUAGAGGUCAUUUUUUUACCAUUUCCACGUCUUGUUGAUUACACGGAGUCGCUCUUGAGCAGUUAUUGCAUUAGAAGGUAAUGUCGCGGCUUAAAAUAUUUAUUUGAGGGGAGGACUUUGACGGAAAGAGUGAUCAAGGGCGUAACGUAAGCCUGCUGGGCAGAAAUGUGUAUUACAAUUUAGUUUAAUUUGUGAAAAUAAAUAGACAAUCACACUUCAACUCCAAAAUAAAAUUGAAAGAAAAAAAAAAUUAAAUGGUCUAUAAAUUUAGUAUGAAAGUGUGUGAAUUUAGAAGUAUUGACUGCUUAUUGUAAAAAGAGACACAUCGUCAAAAAACCCUGCAAUUUGCUUUUAGUUUUGUUGUAUGUAACUGCUCUAUUCCAUUGAAAGCAACCUGAAAACAAGAGCUUAUUAUUCCUUUCUAUCUACGAUUCUGGAUUAAGCGAUUCGACAGAAUUAAAUUUUAGUAACUGUUAUGUGAUAUCCCCCUCUUUCAGAGCUGCGAGAAAAUCUGAGUAGACUGGGAGCCAAUCUUAAGCAAAGUCUCCUUGAGUCGGCGCGUAAGACAUGGGAGUCGAUCAAUGAGUUUGCACGAGCUCAUUCAUCGCAGGGCUCGGAUGUAAAAGACGCAGCCGUCGAGGAGGCUACCGAGGUGAAAGGUAACCAUAGCAACUGUAGAGGCUUCUUUAAAGGGGCAGCGUCACCACGAGGAAGUGUUUGCAACCGUGGCAACAGUGAAAACAUCGCUGAAGCAUUUGAAAUGCUACUCCUGUUCUGUUAAGAGGACAGUCCUUUACAAUUGAAAUGAAACUAUUUACUUUGUCUUUCGGCGCGAAAAAGGAAAGAAAAGGAAAAAGACAAUCAAAACUCAAAAGGAUUGUGAAAGGUGACAAAUUGCCUUUUCACCGAUUCACUUGAAAACGUGGUAUUGUACGUGCUGGUUUUGAAAGAAGAAAAAAGUAUUCGCUUCAACUUUUUUUCCCCAGUGGCAUUCCGCUUAUUUUUAGCCAAAUUAUCCUGUAGCCCGUCAAUUCCAAUGGUUUGUAUCCCUGACAAAUGAAAAUUACUACUGAUGACAUCUCCUCAUGAGUUUUAUAGUUACCUCCUUUAAACGUUGGAACGUUUUCUUAUAUAUGUUCCUCGACAAAUCUCUGUUGGCAUAAAAAAGUCACUCGCAUUUUUUUGAUAUUUGAUUUAUUGUGAAACUUACAAAACCGUGAACACGAGAAAUAUUUAGGAAAUGUUAUUGUGUUGCGGGAAAUUAGCCAAUAAGGCGCGAGAUAACUAAACCGCAAACAGCAACGGUAAUUAGUUUGUGGUUUUGAGGUUAGCUUGCGUAUCCUAAACUUUAUUGUAAUUGGGCAGUACACAAUCAACAUUCCUGAAAUUUUUCAGGUGUUCACGGUUUUUGGAGCUUGACAGUAAGAUACCUUAUUACGCGGGAAAAGGGUCAGUCCUUGCUUUAUAGUAACCGUAUGAUUGGUUUUUGUUCUUUUUUCCUCACUAGAGUCUCCCUCAGUUCCUCCUGCUGAACCAGACAAAGUGGGCCGCCUAAAUGGCGGUCAACGGAUUGACUACGUACUUCAAGAAAAACCAAUUGAAAGUUUGAAUGAAUAUUUGUUUGCACUCAGCAGUCACGUUUGCUAUUGGUAGGUCGCGAUACAAUCCUUUACAUACAUACAUAUACAUACAUAUCCUUUAUUUAAACACGAUAUGGUUUAUAGCUCAAAGCUUGUUGGGACUAUAUCAAUUGUCAAACAGCCUUCACUAGAACUGCUAAUUAUAAUCAAAACCUUUAAGCUUUUAGGCUUUUCCGAAAAACAACAUAAAACUGUACAAGCUUAGUAAAGCCUGAUUAAUGUAUUAGUGAAUUAAUGAAUGAGGCUGAAAACUUUUGAAGAAUUAUGGAGAUCGAGGAGGGUGUUAUCCGUCGAGGCCGUAGGAGAUCUCCAUAAUUCUUCAUAUGAUAUGAAAGCCGAAUUCAAUAAUUUUUUAUUAUUCAUUCAAAAUAAUUCCUUGCUUAAACAUGCUUACCUCCAUCGAUCCAUCGAUGUUAAGUACAUCUUCGAUAGUGCAUGUUUAGGGUUGUUCAGCUCCGCAAAUAUUUUCCAAAUAGAAGAUGUCGCCCUUCGAGUUGUCUUCUUGCUGUUCUUGCCAUGUUUUUAGCCAUUAUUUCGCCUAGUUCUUACUCUUAAAACGAGUGAAAUGUCCGCCGUUUUUGUUGUCACAACCAAAACAACUGAACCUCGUCCCCAGGCUUUCUCUGUUAACGGUGCAUUAACCUGCAAGAAUGCUGCACUUUUGACGUCAUCGGUUCAUUAAACGCAAAAUUUCUUCCAAAUUUGGUCAUCAGUAGCUGGUUAUGAUGAAUUAUGCGUGUGCUUUUAGCCAAUCAGAAUCGGGGAACUAUUUUGAAUGAAUAGUAAUAAUAAUUAAACGUCCCUGUUGGCAAAUAACACAUUGUCUUUCUAACAGAUUCAGCACUCUGACAUGUUAAAAAUUCUCAAGUUUUUUUUUUUCUUUUUUUGCAGGGUCUCGGAAGAUACUGCUCUUUUCCUGUUAAAGGAAAUCUACAGAGAUUAAUUAAGUAAGAGAUUAAUUAAGUAUGUAAUUAAUUAAAUCAGUCAAGUGGACAUUGCUUUUACUCCCAAAUAGGAAUGCUCCUCAUUUAGUCAAAUUUCUAUUUUUUGUUUCCAUGGAUGACAGCAAAAAUUGUAAAUAUUAGUAAAAAAGAAACCAGUUAUAUUUCCGUUUGAAGCAAUACUUUUUAUGCGCUGUGGCUUGUUAUUUUUGCCAAAUGAAAUUUGGGUUUUUAUGAACGUUUUUAGACGGAAGCGUUGUUUGGGAGUGAGCUAAAUACCAGUGUUAUAUCAAUGUCCGGAUGGAAACUGUCCCUUCCUCGUGGACAUCGCGCCUGUCCACGCGGGAGGCGAUUUAAACCCGCGCUUGCGUAUUUCUCUGGCUCUGUUUCGAACCGGAUUGUUUAAAACUGGCUUAACUCUUAAGAGUGAUCAGCAUCCAUUUUCCCCUUUUAAUGUCAAUGCUUUGUAAAACAGAGUGGUCAUGAGAAUUACAGAUAUUACACACAAGAUGAACUUUCUUGAUAUUUUAUCAACUUCUGCCCACUACUUCUGUAGGAAAUGAAGAGGGGCAACAAAGGAAAAUUCGAAUUUUGAUCGUUGCGUUUUAAGGGUUAACCCAUGAUUAGUCUGAAAUUUGAAUUCAGAUAUGAAAGCUUAAAUAUCAAAUUCAGUUUAAUUCUUUUUGUCUACUAUUUUAUUGAUGGGAGGAUGCUCUGUAACUAGACUAGAGAAAAUUAUAGGUGAAAAUGCGUUUGAACAAAAAAAGACGAAACCUGGAUAAAAAUGUAACCCUGGGUCAGCGCUCAUCUGAGGAAAAUAAGUAAUGUUAACAGGACUGAGUGGAGUCCAAUUCGGUCUGUAAUCAUACGAGUGAUUAACAAAAUCGGACGACCUGUUAAAUCACGAGUAUGAUUACAGACCGAAUUGGACGACACGAAGUUCUGUCACCAAUUAAUCAUAACUUUAACAACAUUUGUGAUACAUUAGGCUCUUUUUUUUAAUCAAAACACAAGAAACUCCGAGAUUUUUUUGCUAGCAGUGAAAAAAAAGCCAUUUAAGCGCGCGCGUGAUGACGCGUACUGUCCAAUUACGUAGGCAUAACGCGUACUGUCGUAUUUAACUGUCCUAUUAAGGCUGAAAUCAGGGCAGUUGAUAGCCAAUCAGAUUGAAGAAUUUUGUUAUAGUUAUGAUUAAGCGACUGCUCUUGGUCUAAUCCAAAAGCCUCGAGGUUAGAUUCGAAAAUGCUGUAACCAAUGAGGCUGGGAAUAAGAUUAUUGGCAUUUGAAAUUCCUUUUUCCCGUUUCUAACGUUAAUUACAAAAUUAUUGAAAAAGUUAGCGAAAUAUCAUUUCAUUUCUCCUGACCUGCCUGACUGAACUAUCACUUAUAAUGCAAGGACUAAUUGUAUUUUCGUCACAAUCGGGGCCUGAGAGGAAUAGAAAGAGACUAAUGUGACACCUGAUAGUGAUAUUUACUUUUUGUUCACUUAGGGAUAAUAAACGCAUGAAGUACGCGAGUGUGUGUGAUAUUCACGAGAGCGCGCGUGUUUUACCCGUCUAACAAAACAAGUUCGUUUCCUCUGACGGCUAUUUCAUCGCGGAUCCCCGAAGAGGUUGCCAUUGGGUUUUGCAAUGAAAUAAAAAUAAUUAGCAAUGGCACGCGAAAUGGGGACAAUGGAAAGAUAGAAAAUCUCCAUCGUCCCCCGCCAUCUUUCUUUUUUCCUCCCUCAAGCCUCCAUGUGACCGAGGAGAGUUGCACUUGGUGUACAUCAAUACGAGCAAAUAGGAUACCCCCCGUACAUUACUAUUAGGGAGCUU